AUGCUUCUCGCCAACUACGGCUCAGACUCGGACUCGGACUCGGACUCGGGCCCGUCGCGCCCCACCCCCGUCGCCACCCCUGCCCCCGCUGCUCCCAAGGCAGCCGUCAAGCCGAAGCGUAAGGGACCUGUGAAGAUUACCCUCGACCUUCCCAAGGCAUCUGGCGACGACGACGAGGACGCGAGUGGCAAGGGGAAGGGAAAGGGCAAGGCGGGCAAUGGCGUGGUCGGUGGCGACAGUGAUGCCGAGGACGAGAAGCCUGUCAAAAAACCCAAACUCACUGGCGCAGGGAGCUCGUCCCUCCUCGGCAUGCUCCCAGCGCCGAAACGCAAGCUGCCCCAGCGACCCGUGGACAAGGGUGCGUCGCUGGCCGUGAACAGGUCGAUGGCGAGGCCAGCUGUGCCUGCGCGUGCCCCCGUUGCUGCUCCGAGCGCAGCAGACGAUGACGACGACGACGACGGACCUUCCCUCAUGAUGCCCGCCUCUCUCGCGCGUGCCGCCGCUAAGAAGAAGGACGCCACCGCCGAGCUCGAUCUCUUCGGUCUCGCCGAGGCCGCCCCCGCCCGCCCUUCCCCGUCAUCGACGACCACUCCCAAGCCGCCGAGCGUCUCGGCCGCACCCGCCGUGGCCGACUUUGUCCCUCCGCCCCCAACAGCGUCCGACCCGUACCCGGGAUACUACCAGACGCCGUCUGGCGGGUGGGCGGCGUACGAGCCCGAGUACUACGCGUCCUUUUUCGCGCCGAGCGGCAACGACGAGCUGGCCGAGGCCGAGGAGCGCAAGGCCGGCCGCGUCGGCCGCGACUGGCGCGCACUGGACGACGGGCGCGCAAACGUCCUGGACAUCAACGUCGGCGCCGACGUCGCGGCCGCCCGGGCCGAGCAGGACCGCCGCGCCAAGACGGUCAAGCCGAGGCUGCCCGGCGACGACUUUGUGUACAAGGGGCCCGAGGGCCAGACGCGCGGUCUUGCGGCGGAGCGUCACCAGCUCACAAGUCUGCUGUCGACGGCGUUCUCGCAGCGCGAGGAGCUCGAGGCGAGGAUUGCAGAGAACAAGAAGAACAUGCGGGCCUCGACACAAAAGUAUGGUUUCUGA